UUUCGAUUAUAGGGGACCUGUCACGUCCCCAGUAUCAUUUCAUGUGAUGGCGAGUUUCACUUCCAGUUCGCACCACUCCUUCACUGCGCCCAUUGUCCUCACUGUCUUUCGACUGUCUGUCUUGGCUCAAUCAAGCCACCCUACCAACCGAGCUCGCUUUGCUCCUCCGUUCCGACCGUGUGAGAUGCUGCUGCUGGGCAGCUUGGUGAUAGGGACAGACUGAGCGAGAAAUAAAAAACCAUCUGCAUGAUGAAGUGGAAAGAAGAAGACAUCUGCUUGGAGUCAAUACCCACGACUCCUGCCACCGACAGCACCGUCAUCGCCCUGUCGGAGGUCGAGAAGAGCAUCCUCGAGCAGCAGAUCCGUGUCCCCGUAUCCAAGCCCGGGUUCUUUGGCAUUUAUCGCUAUGCCAGCCGGUGGGAUCUGGUCUUCCUGCUGCUUAGCUCGGUCGCUUCGAUAAUCGGAGGCGCUGCCUUGCCGUUGUUCACCGUCCUCUUUGGUAACCUCACAUCGACCUUCCAAGACAUUGCAGCCGGGCGCAUCACGUACGACCACUUCCACCACGAGCUCAACAAAUACGUGGUCUACUUCAUCUACCUCGCCGCGGCGGAGUUCAUCACCAUUUACAUCGCGACGGUCGGCUUCAUCUACACGGGCGACCAUGUGGUGCAACGCAUCCGCGUGGAGUACCUGCGGGCGAUCCUGCGCCAGAACAUCGCCUUCUUCGACAGCCUGGGGGCCGGCGAGAUCACGACGCGGAUCACGGCGGACACCAACCUGAUCCAGGACGGGAUCUCCGAGAAGGUCGGCCUGGCCCUGACGGGGCUGUCGACCUUCGUCACGGCGUUCAUCAUCGCCUACAUCAAAUACUGGAAGCUGGCGUUGAUCUGCAGCGCCACGCUGAUCGCCUUGCUCCUGAUCAUGGGCGGCGGGUCGAUCGUCAUGAUGGUCCACAGCAAGCGCGCGCUGGAGUGUCAGGGCCGCUCCGGCAGCUUCGCCGAGGACAUCCUCGACUCGGUCCGCACGGUCGUCGCCUUCGACGCCCAGAACGUGCUCGCCGCCAGGUACGAGGCGCAGCUGCGGGAGUCCGAGGCGCCCGCCCGGAAGUCCCAGAUCACCUUCGCCGUCAUGGUCGGCGCGAUGCUGGGCGUCAUGUACCUGAACUAUGGGAUGGGCUUCUGGAUGGGCUCGCGCUUCCUCGUCGAUGCCCGCGAACACGUCAAGGUCGGCGAUGUCCUCACCAUUCUCAUGUCGAUCAUGCUGGGUUCCUACAAUUUGGGCAACGUCGCCCCCAACGUGCAGGCGCUGUCGAAUGCCGUCGCCGCCGCGUCCAAGCUCUACAGCACGAUUGACCGGGCGUCGCCCUUGGAUGCCUCCUCCGAGAGCGGCAAGAUCCUCGGCCAUGUCAAGGGCAACAUCGUCCUGCAGAAUGUCCGGCACGUGUAUCCUUCGCGACCGGAGGUUGUUGUGACAAAUGACCUCAGCGUCUACAUUCCUGCUGGAAAGACCACGGCGUUUGUGGGGCCGUCAGGGUCGGGCAAGAGUACGGUCAUUGGUCUGCUGGAGCGGUUCUACAACCCCGUCGCCGGCCAUAUCUCGAUCGACGGACACGAUCUCUAUACGUUAAACCUGCGAUGGGUGCGCCAGCAGAUCUCAUUGGUCUCGCAAGAGCCUAGACUGUUCGCGACCACGAUCUACGAGAAUAUCCGGUUCGGGCUGAUAGGAUCGGAGUACGAGAAUGCGCCCGAAGCCAGCAUCACCAAGCGCAUUCACGACGCUGCGAAGAUGGCCAACGCGCAUGAUUUUAUCAUGGCGUUGCCGAAGAAGUACGAGACGAACAUCGGUGGAUUCUCACUGUCAGGAGGCCAGAAGCAGCGAAUCGCGAUCGCGAGGGCCGUGGUGAGCGACCCGAAGAUCUUGUUGCUCGAUGAAGCGACUUCGGCGCUGGACGCGAAGUCGGAAGAAAUUGUGCAGGCGGCGUUGGACAACGCCUCGAAAGGGCGGACGACGAUUGCCAUCGCCCACCGACUCUCUACCAUCAAGGAGGCGCAUAAUAUCGUUGUCCUGGUCCAUGGGCACAUCGUGGAGCAAGGAUCGCAUUUUGAGCUCAUGAGCCGGGAGGGAGUGUACUAUGACAUGGUGCAGGCGCAGCAAAUCAAGCAGAAGGAGGCCGCGAAGCGACACGAGUCAAUGACGUUCUUUCUCGAUGAGGAUUAUAUUGGAGGCGGGAUCCCAAUGGACGACGAAGACGACUUUAGUGACGACGCCUCGGAUAUUGUGCUGAAGACCGGGGCGAGGCAGAGACGUAGGACCAGGAUGUCCAUGUUCAUUCCGCCCUUACCAUCCAAGCACAAGGAGAAUCUGUCGCUAUGGGCGUUGUUCAAGUUCCUUGCCUCGUUCAAUCGACCGGAGUGGCCGAUCAUGAUCCUGGGUCUCUGUGCAUCAACCCUGGCGGGGGGCAUUCAGCCAUCUCAGGCGGUGUUGUUUGCCAAGGCAGUCAACACGCUGAGCUUGCCGCCGUUCGAAUACCACAAGCUGCGCCACGAUGCGAAUUUCUGGUGCUUGAUGUUCCUCAUGAUGGGCCUGGUGACACUGGUCAUCUAUGCCACCCAAGGGACCCUGUUCGCGUACAGCUCCGAGAAACUGAUCUUUCGAGCCCGAAGCCAGGCAUUCCGGGUCAUGCUGAACAAGGAGAUCUCAUUCUUUGACAAGGAAGAGAACACCACAGGCGCUCUGACGUCGACCUUGGGUGCCGAAACUAAACAGCUGGCCGGAAUCAGCGGCGUCACCCUCGGUACCCUGCUCAUUGUCACUGUCAAUCUCUCAGCAUCCCUUGUCGUGGCUCUGGUCAUGGGCUGGAAGCUUGCUUUGGUAUGCAUUUCAGCUGUGCCGGUCCUGUUGAUGUGCGGCUUUCUUCGCGUAUGGAUGUUGGAUCGAUUCCAGCGCCGAGCGAAAGCCGCGUAUCAACAGUCUGCGAGCUCAGCCUGUGAGGCGGCCUCUGCCAUCCGGACUGUUGCCUCUCUCACGAUGGAAAAGCAGGUUGUCAGUUCCUACGAGAAACAAGUACAAGCCCAGCUCAAGGAGGACAUCCUCCCCAUCUUCAAGUCCUCCGCCCUCUAUGCCAGCUCCCAAGCGUUGCCGUUUAUGUGCAUGGCUCUGGGCUUCUGGUAUGGAGGGACGCUCCUCGGACACGGAGAGUACACACUCUUUCAAUUCUACGUGUGCUUCAGCGAAGUCAUCUUCGGCGCUCAGGCGGCCGGGACUAUCUUCUCGAACGCGCCGGAUAUGGGCAAAGCGAAGCAUGCGGCCGCGGAGUUCAAGAAGCUGUUCAGCAAUCGGUCGACCACUAAGCAUGCUGAGAGCAAAGCUAUCCAUGUGUCCUCCAUGCAAGGGUCGGUAGAAUUCCGGGACGUGUCUUUCCGGUACCCGACCCGGCUGGAGCAGCCUGUGCUACGGCAUGUCAACCUCACGGUCAAGCCAGGACAGAAUGUUGCACUGGUAGGGUCGAGUGGUAGUGGCAAAAGCACGAUCAUUUCCCUGUUGGAACGCUUCUACGAGCCGGUGUUGGGUGAGGUGUAUGUCGACGGGCGGGACAUCGCGACGCUCGAGAAGAAGUCCUACCGCAGCCACUUGGCUCUGGUCAGUCAGGAGCCUGCCCUCUUCCAGGGCACGAUCCGAGAGAAUAUCCUGCUGGGAUGUACGCACAAAGAAGCGGUGGCGGAGGACACAUUGGUGCAAGCGUGCAGAGAUGCGAACAUCUACGACUUCAUCAUGUCGUUACCACAAGGGUUUAACACGCUCGUCGGCAGUAAAGGCGGUAUGUUGUCUGGUGGGCAGAAGCAGCGGAUCGCCAUCGCUCGGGCGCUGAUUCGUAACCCUCGCAUUCUUCUGCUGGAUGAGGCCACAUCGGCCUUGGAUUCGGAGUCGGAGAAGGUGGUCCAGGCGGCAUUGGAUGCAGCCGCGAAGGGCCGCACGACGAUCGCGGUUGCGCAUCGAUUGAGCACGAUCCAGCGGGCGGACAUGAUCUAUUUCCUCGAUCAGGGAGAGGUCGUCGAGUGGGGCACGCACAAGGAACUGCUGCGUCGACGAGGAAGGUACUAUGAGAUGGUCAACUUGCAGAACUUGGCCUGAUGGGAGUGAGGUGUACGAUAAUGGGAUAGGCGUUUGGAUGAUGGGUUCUUCACUGUACUGUACAUAUACCUCAUAAUCAUGGUCGACGAUUGGAGCCGAUAAGCGAUAAGAUAAGAAAGCACCGAACUCGGGACACGGACCCCUGCGUGUGGUCUAAACAGGAAUAGUGCGGGGUACCGGCUUACCUCAUCAUCUGGAGAUGGUUUCAAUCUUUUU